CGUAGCGGUAUAUUGACCGUUUCAGGCUGACCUGAUGGACCAGGAUCUGUCGUUGAUGAAGCAGCUUCUGAAGCUGAACGACAAGAUCGAAGAGAUUAAGACACAGGUCAUCUAUCGCAACCGGAACGAGGCUUUCAGCACGAGCUCUAUGAGCACGUCCGAGAUCUCGGACUCCGAGUACAGCGACACCGACGACAGUCGAAUAGACAUUUACAACGCCUCGACCGGAACUCAUAAACUAAAGACGCUUAAGUCGCUCAAUCACUUGGGAAAGGCGCAUGUAAGACAUCCGGAAGAGGUGGACAGUGAGGCCGAGACGGCCAAUGGAAGUAAUGACGUGAGUUUUGGACACGAGCCGAAACUGAUUGAGCGGAGCGGAAGUGAUGUGAUUGUUUACCGGAAGAAGCAUAGGAAGAAGCACCGCAGUAAGAGCCACCGGAACUCUGGCGACGAAACUGAGACGCAGACGGAAGAAAGUGAUACGGAGGGAAGCAUUUCCGAUACUGAAAGCAGUUGCGAUUCAGGAUCUACCAAGAUGGCUCCCUCGGACGGAGACGACAAUCUUGAUGACGUCAUUGACGCUCCCGACAGCGGUAUACAGAGCCCGACACCGGAAAAGGCCGUGGAACCGCCUAAACCAAGAAAAGGCGGCAUUUCACAAAACUCGAGUUUCCUUAAUUUCCACAAGACGAAUGGAACGCGGUACUUAAAUCCGUUGGCGGGCAAUGUUUUGACCCAUCAGGGACACAAUAUCUCGCUGGAGAAAUACUUCAUACCACAAGGACUCGUGUACUUGAAGCAUGCCAACGCCGACAAUGUGUUCUGUCAAUUCACAAAGUAG